AGGAAGUAUAACUGAACGAAAGACCAGCAGCCACUGGACCCUAGCUUGGGUGUUCAGCUCAGCUUUGUGAAGAAACAGCUUGCAAAACUUCAAGUCCCAAGAUGCCUUUCACUAACAAGUACAAUAUACAUUGUAGAGUACACAUGCUCAGUGUGGUGUCUGGAACCUGUUUUCCUUAUAGGCUUCUGGCAGGUUAAAUAAGGUGGAGCAAAUGGCCCCACCCCAAAACCAGUCUAGGGUUCCCAUUUAAGCCCAGCCCCAGGGUGGAGCCGGAAUUUACCUUUGUACUUCACUCUGGUCUGGGUUGGUGGUGACUGGCUGGGUGGGUCCAGAACUGGCUGCCAUCCUGACACGUCUCAGAGCUGCAAGCAGGUACUGCCAGUCAGCCAACAUGGCCUCUCAGCUUCUUGGGCUGGCAGAAGAGUCUGGCCCAAGCCCCAGGGAGUCUGAAUUGGCUGUGAACCCCUUUGACGGGCUCCCAUUCUCUUCCCGCUACUACGAGCUUCUUGAGCAGCGCCGGGCCUUACCCAUCUGGGCUGCUCGCUUUAUCUUCAUGGAGCAAUUGGAGAGUAGCCCCUCGGGAGUGGUGUUGGUGUCUGGAGAGCCUGGCUCUGGCAAGAGCACCCAGAUCCCUCAAUGGUGCGCAGAGUUUGCAUUGGCCAGGGGUUUCCAGGAAGGCCAAGUAACUGUCACUCAGCCCCACCCUCUGGCAGCCCUGAGCCUGGCCCUGCGGGUUGCCGAUGAGAUGGACCUAACCCUGGGUCAUGAGGUUGGAUACAGCAUUCCCCAGGAAGACUGCACUGGGCCGGACACCCUGCUCAGGUUUUGCUGGGACAGGCUGCUUCUACAGGAGGUGGCCUCAACCCGGGGCACAGGAGCCUGGGGCCUGCUGGUGCUGGAUGAGGCUCAGGAGCGGUCAGUGGCCUCGGAUUUGCUCCAGGGGCUACUGCGAAAUGCCAGCCUGGGAAACCUUCCAGGGGACUCAAGAGUGGUUGUGGUUACUGACCCUGCCCUUGAACCUAAGCUCCAAGCCUUCUGGGGCAAUCCUCCUAUUGUGCGUGUACCCAGAGGGCCUGGUGCGUGUCCCACUCCUGUAUACAGGGACACUGUCCCUACUGAUCGAGUGGAAGCUGCCUGCCAAGCUGUGAUUGAAUUGUGUACGAAGGAGACUCCAGGAGAUGUGCUAGUAUACCUGCCCAGUGAGGAGGAAAUUUUGCUGUGCUGUGAAUCCUUGUCCAGGGAGGUGGGGCCCUUGGCUCUCAGAGGGCCUCCACCACGAGUGCUGCCCCUUCACCCAGGACAUGGCCCAGCUGUUCAGGCUGCAUACGAGGACAUAGACUUGGGUGCCAGAAAGGUCGUGGUCACUCACUGGCUGGCUGACUUCUCCUUCUCCCUCCCUUCCAUCCGACAUGUCAUUGACUCAGGACUGGAGCUUCGAAGUGUGUACAAUCCUCAGAUCCGAGCAGAAUCCCAAGUGUUGAGACCAAUCAGCAAAUGUCAGGCAGAGGCAAGAAGACUCCGGGCAAGAGGGAUCCUACCAGGUAAGAGUCUUUGCCCUUCUGAGAUCAAACAUGAAAAGUCACCACACACAAACUCUGAGAAAUCUACGGUGGCCUUCUGUCCCAAAUCUUUUCUCCCCUCAGGAUCCUGCCUCUGCCUGUACCCUAAGUCCUUCCUAGAACUAGAGGCGCCCCCACUGCCCUCACCCAGGGUAUGUGAGGAGAAUCUGAGCCCCCUGGUGUUACUACUAAAGAGGAGACAGAUUGCAGAGCCAGGGGAGUGUCACUUCCUGGACCGGCCUGCUCCAGAAGCACUGAUGCAGGCCCUAGAAGACUUAGACUAUCUGGCAGCUCUGGAUGAUGAUGGGAACCUGUCAGACCUGGGAGUCAUCCUAUCAGAGUUCCCCCUGCCCCCUGAGCUGGCCAAAGCCCUGCUGGCCUCCUGCGAGUUUGACUGUGUGGAUGAGAUGCUCACCCUGGCCGCCAUGCUCACUGCUGCCCCUGGGUUCACCCAGCCUCCACACUGUGCAGAAGAAGCUGCCUUGCGCCGAGCCCUGGAACACACAGAUGGUGAUCACAGUUCUUUGAUCCAGGUGUACGAAGCCUUUAUACAGAGUGGAGCAGACAAAGCUUGGUGUCAGGCUCGGGGGCUAAACUGGGCAGCAUUGUGCCAAGCCCGGAAACUUCGAGGUGAACUCCUAGAACUCAUGCAACGAAUUGAACUUCCCUUGUCCCAGCCAGCCUUUGGCUCUGAGCAGAAUCGCAGAAACCUUCAGAAAGCACUGGUGUCAGGAUACUUCCUUAAGGUGGCCCGAGACACAGAUGGGACUGGAAAUUACCUGCUCCUAACACAUAAGCAUGUGGCCCAGCUCUCCCCAUACUGCUGCUACCGAAGCCGCCGGGCUCCAGCCAGACCUCCGUUGUGGGUGCUUUACCACAAUUUCUCCAUUUCCAAAGACAACUGCCUUUCCAUUGUUUCUGAGAUUCAACCACAGAUGCUGGUGGAAUUGGCCCCUCCAUACUUCCUUAGUAACUUGCCUCCCAGUGAGAGCAGAGACCUCUUGAACCAGCUGAGAGAAGAAAUGGCAGAUUCUUCAAUAGAAAGUGAAUCCCCCUCCACCCAAGAGUUUGGAGAUGCCUGUGUCCUGCAGUGACUUGCCUACGGAAUGGAACUGAGCUCAUCUCAAGGCAUUAGAUCCCCCUCAGGCUAGCACUAAGGCAGCCAGCCAGAUUUAGAAGGCCAAAGGUUAGGGUCAAACGUAAAUCCUGGAAUCUGAGACUCAAGAAGUGGUGGACCAAGAGUGGAGGGAAUUGGGAAAGCCACAGUAUACAUAAGGUUGGACCCUUUCCUUAGCCUUCUUCUAUUUAUUGGAGAGUGACUGACAUGUCACCGCCAAGCCCCCAACUUAUGCCAAUCCCAUCUUUGUGUGCUUCAUUUUGGCCUAUAAAAGUUCUUUUUCUAUGUGUCAA